AUGGCAAACACACUUUCCAGGGAAGUAAAGUCGCUGUUCAAAUCCUUCGGCUCUUCUUCUCCUCACCCUGACGGCCUCUAUCGCCCUGAUGCCGUCGUGAGACAUGCCGACACUGAAGGCAACAUUUCAACGACCUUCUCCGCUGCUCAAUCACCAGCGUCAUCGCCAACUUCCCUGGAGCAACCCAUCCUGAUAGAACUCUUCCAAUCACAAGGCUGCAACUCCUGCCCUCCCACGAACGAUAAUCUCAUCGCCUUCGUUCAGCCACACCAGUCCUCGUACCAACAUAACUCGACACCUCGCUUUUACGCCAGCCGAUCCCCGUCCUCUUCCCCGACCACCCUCCCAAAUUCGCCUCAUGGGCCAGAGUACCUGUUGCUCACGUACCAAGUGACAUAUUGGAACUAUUUGGGCUGGGAAGACACAUUCAGCUUACCCAACAACGACGUCCGUCAGCGAGAUUAUGUCAGGAGGAUGGGUCUGCGUGCGGCUUACACGCCGAUGGUCGUGGUGAAUGGACGGGGCGUCGGUGUGGGCAACACCACGGAAGAUCUGGAGCGGAUCGUACGGGCGGGACGAAAACCUGCCCGCAAGACAGAAAGAGUUGGUAUUAAGAGAUUGUUAGAAGCGGGAGAAGACGGGCAGCUGGGAAUCCUCGAGAUCGAUGCGACUGCCCUUCCACCGUCAUACUUGCAAUCUCCAGGCCACCACCUCGAGGUGUGGGAAAUAACAUAUACAUCCAGCUCACAAGACGUACACAUCUCGCGUGGCGAAAAUGCUGGUCGGACGCUCCCACAUCUCAAUGUGGUCAGCGAGGUUCGAAAAAUUGGGUCUUUGGAGCGUGGUACCAAGGAGCGUUUCCCAUUCUCAGGGCAGAACGAGAGGCAUGCGAGUGCUGGGAAGGAAAAGGUGGUAAUUGUGCAGGACGGGAAAGGUGGUGAGACUUGCGGUAUCCUGAAGCUGUAA